UAAGGCACGGCUGGGAUAGGCUGGCAUAGCUUCCAACCGACGGCGACAAGACCGAGCAGCUCGUCGUGCUAGAAGGGAAGAUGAAGAAGCUGCUGGAGAAAAUCGAGCAGCUCGGCAAUACCGGCAAGAUAGGUGAGGCCACGACGCUCAUGAGGAAGCUUGCAGGUGAACAUUUUGAACGUCGAGGAUGUAGCUCUGACCCACCAGAUAGAGAACAAGGUCCCGAUGAUCCCACAGUAGAAGAUGGAGCUCUGUGGGUAGUGUGGCUCAAUUCUGGUGACCAAUGGCUUGAUUUGGUUCUGUGGAGAUGUCCUGUUCAUACUCUGGCUUGGUUGGGUGUUGAGCAAAUGCCCCUCCGGUGCCUGGCUGCAGCUUCGAAGGCCUGGCCGGCGCUCCCCCAUGCCCGUGCACACGGUUCAGUACGACAAGGUGCUCCAGCUCGAGGCACGGCAAGGUUCAUGCUUGUUGCACUUACAGUACAGGUGAGCAGAUCCAAACCACGUUCUUCUCUUUGAUUGAUUGAUUCAAACCACACCAUCCAUCAGUACAUGUAGGAUUCAUUUGUCAUGUGCCAUCCAUCAUUCAUGCCAGCAUGACUUUUUCUCCUGCUUCAAAAAAUAGUUUUAUGCCUGAUCGCAGCCUAUCAUUGGUGGACACCAUUUAUUUAAUUUGGUGAUGAUAGUUUGCAGCAAGGAAGCACUACCGCCCAUGUAUCUAAUAUUUGUUUAGUCUGCGGUAGCAGUACAUCCACGAUAAAUCUUGCUUGAUCCUUAGCUAAAAUUACACAACCUUUGUUCUAUCAUUUGGUAAAAAGAAUCUUUGUUGGGAGAGAAAAAAUGUUUGAUUAGAACAGUUAAAAUACCAAAUGGUUAUGCCAGUAGAAAAUAUUUGGUAGCACGAACAGUACAGGUGAGCAGAUCCAAACCACCUCCGUCCCUUUGAUUCAAACUUGGCACGUACAGUACAUGUAGGAUUUAUUUCUUGUGUGGCAUCCAUCAAUUCAUGCCGGCAUGAUUUCUUCUCUUUCUUCAAAAAUUUUAUGCCUGAUUGCAGUUUGUGCAGUCCAUACUAUUGAUCUGUCAUUGGUGGAUGAUUAGUUUGCAGGAAGGAAGCACUAGUAUAACUAGCCAGAUUGACUCACUGGCUUGCUAAUUGAACGAAUCUUCUUAGCCAGACUGACCCACGUAUGUAAUAUUUGCUUGACCUACAGUGGCAGUACAAUCACGAAAAUCUUGAUUUAUCAUUAGCUAAAAGUAACUUUUGUUCUUUCAUUUGGUAAAAGAAAAAUAUUGGAUUCCUUUUGGGAGACGUAGCUGAUUCUUUGAGCCUCGGCAGUGGUUACUGCCUCUUUGUUAGUUCAGGUUUUUGUUUUGAAGUAGCUUCCGUAACAUGUUUGCGGCUGUUCUUUGUGUGUUGUUUUUCAGUGAAGCGAUUCUACCUAGAUUCAUUGCUGGAGUCCUUGCGUGCCUCCAGACCCGCUGUUGAGCUGUGCCAGCCACACCUCAGUGAGGUGUGGCUUGAUGGGGGUGAUGAUCGAACAGGCACCACUGUGCCCCUUUGGUGCCGACACCGAUUGGAAGGUGGUUGCUGGGUCACAACCUUCAUGUUUGACUACAAUGGUUCUGAUAGACUGGUAUGAAUCCAUGCUAGGGUCACUAAGAAACAGGCAUGUCAAUGCUUGGCAAGUCGAACUUGUUGGGUACCCUCCCAUCGUGAAGAAGCUCAAGAUCUUCGUGACCACCAAAGCCAUCGGCAUGGCUGACCAGCUGCUGGGACCAGACUAUCAGAACAUGAUGAUGCUCACCAAUGGUGGUUCCGAAGAAGUGAACCAGGUGCCUGAACCUGUGGUUGAUGGAGCUGGUACUGAAGAUGCUUCUGCCACAAGUAGGACAAGGAGUUCAUUGUGCCACUGCCAGGAAAGGUGCGCGGUGCUAGGGCUCUGUCUCUGCCCUCGGUUGCGUCUUCUGUUGGCCCCGGUGUCGUGCGAUGGUGGUGAUGUUUGCAUCUCAUACAAAACAGCCCAAGGGGACAUGGAGUGCAGUGUCACCUUCCUCAUCCCCUCCCUUUCCCCUUGCUCUGGACACAGGAUCAUUUUGUUUGCUUUGCUCAGAGAGAAGAUGAGGGAGAUCCUCCACGUUCAGGGUGGGCAAUGUGGAGACCAGAUUGAUUCCAAGUUCUGGGAGGUGGCGUACGACGAGCAUGGCAUCAUCCUCACGGGGCGCUAUGUCGGCACCUCUGAUCUGCAGCUGGAGCGUGUCAAUGCGUACUACAAUGAGGCUUCGUAUAGUCGCUUUAUGCCCUGUGAUGUCCUUGUGGAUCUUGAGCAUGGUACUAUGGGCAGUGUCCAUCCAGGACCGUACAGGCAGAUCUUCUGCCCCGACAACUUUAUUUUUCGGCAGUCUGGUGCUGGUAACAACUGGGCCAAGUGUCAUUACACUGAGGGUGCUGAGCUCAUUGAUUCUGUUCUUGAUGUUGUCAGGAAGGAGGCUGAGAACUGUGCUGAGCUCAUUGAUUCCGUUCUUGAUGUUGUCAGGAAGGAGGUGUAGAACUGUGACUGCCUUCAAGCCCGGAACGGAUGCUCAAGCUGACGCGAAAGAGCACGGCUGUCCUCCUUCUACACCGGCACCUGGGUUGGGUUAGGGUGGCUGCCCCUUUUGGAUGGAGUAGAGGAACUUUAGGGAAGAUCCUUAAGAAGUGUCUUGGCUCCGUGAAGGUUGAAAUCUGCUGCUUUGUGCUCCAGGGCAUUGAUGAUGAGAUCAACCUCCGUGAAGGUUCAUCUGAUCUCACUGGCCGACUUGUCCUCCUCGCAGAAGGACCGAUUCUUCAUUUGGAGAGGAGGCAUUGGCUGCUCUCCGCGGAGCAAUGAGAGCUUUUGAAGGUAGUGGUGUGACCGGUCAAUUGACAAAUGCAAGGAAUAGUGUGUAUCCUGCAAGGAGUGAUGAGCUAUCAGAAAACUGUGGUGCCAUGUUAAACAAUGAAUGUGUAUUCUACUCCUCGGCAUAAUUGUUUGAUGUAGUAGUAUUAGUGUACUAUUACAUAUGGUUAACAGUGGAGUUUUCCAUGUUAUUUUGUGUAGAUUUGCAACCUGACUGUGCACAAGAAAAAAGAAGCGAAAACCACAAAUGCUUCUUCAUUUGCCAACCUUGUAUUUUGUUACGGACAUGUGGAUAAAUCUAAGC